GAUGCUUCCAAGAUCUUCCAAGUUUGUGUGCGUUUGUUAGAAGUUGGGGCAGCCACCCACAGGCCCGUGAGGAAGCUAGGUGAUAUCCAGCAGGCAUCGAAUUCCAAGUGGUCUGUCUCCCUUCAGCUGAAAGUCAUCGCCAUGGCUUGGUUGGGAAGACGACCACGUCGCUCCGUGGGGGGCACAGAGAAUCCCUUACGGGAAGCGAUGAGGUCACGGGGAGGCCUGACAAUCAAGCCCACAGCCCCGACGGACAUCGAGGAUAAUGAGGCAGCUCCGGAGAACAGCACCCUGGACUGGCUGAACCUCAACGCUUUAGGGUCCCGAGCCAUCCAGGGUGCCAUUGAUCGCAUGCGUGCCAGCACCUUGGGUGCAGGAGAGGCAGAGGUGCAGGCCGAAGGUCUCCUCAUGUCGCCUCGAAGGAGCGCUCCAGAACCCCGUCCCGAGGGCUAUCCAUCAGGCAGAAAGUCGUUGGGGAAUGCCUUGAGAACUCGAGGGGGCAUCACUCGCCCCAGCAGAGCCGAAGCUGAACCAAGUGAGCUAAAUGAGGAGCCAAUGGUUCAUGCGGACACAGCACCCGUCCUGGAUCGAACUAUUACCGAGCCCUUGCCUUCCGUCCAAGAAGAGGAUCACAUGCCACACUCCCCCCUGAUGACGCCCAAGGCUACGCCCAAGGCUUCUCAGGCUGAGCCAAACGCCAUGGAAGCUGAUAUUGAGCCUCAGAAGGACCAGGACGAAGAUGUGGAAGGUACUACAGCUCCUGAGGAGUUAGAUGAGAUCCGAGAUGAGGGGUCACUCGAACAGACAGACAUGACAGACGAAGCCAUGCCGGUGGCCAAAGAGGAAUCUGCCUUGGAGAGCCAGCCGGAACGAAGAGAUUCUCGAGAUUCCCAAGAGGAGACAAGGCCGAAGGCGAAGGACCCGAAGGACCCUGAGAAGUCGGCAGCGCCACGGCUGCCGCUGCCCACGCCGCUGAUGGCGGCCACGGCCUCGGCCAAGCGGGCGGAACCACCCGCGGUGGUGGUGAAACCACAGAAGGAGGAACUUCCGUCUCAGCCAGUGCACCAGCUGCCAGCGCCAGACGCAUACCUCAAGAGCAUUCCAACUGCAAAAGAGGUUGGGAAGCUGAAGGAGCUGCGGGAGUUUUGGGGCAACAAAAGCUCCAAAGGCUUUGCAGGUCCUGGACUCGCUGGAUCCAGGCUGUCAAAAGUGGAAGCCCAGGCUACCCUUCAGAGGCUUCUUAUUGCAGGUGGCGACCUUGACGAAGUACGACGGCUACGGAAGAUCAUCGCGGAGCUAGUGCUCAUGCAGCCUAUGACAAAUUGCACAAUGACCUUACUCUUUCUGAAAGAUCCAGGAAGCAUUUGCAGAGGCUACUUUG